AUGGCUGGCUUCUACGCCUGCCUGAAGACUCAAGAUUGUGUCACUCCGAUGCUUGGUGGCCAUCUCGGGGAGCCAGCCAGCUCAGUGGGCCCCUCACACCGUGCCAGUCAGCUUCUCCUACUCUAAGAAGAGGAUGCAGGAAGUGAUCCUACUAUGGCUGAAUCACUAAGUGAAGUUUCUGGAAGUCUGGAAGUUCUGGACACCAGCGAUGAGGGAAAGAAGAAAUCCAAAUUCAAAGCCUUCAAGAACUUUUUUGGCAAGAGGAAGAAAAAAGAGCUGGAAGAUGCCCAGGGAGCGAGGAGGCUAAAGCCAAGCUUGUCCAGCGACAGUAUUAACAUCCCUUCUCUGAAGCCAGUUCGGGAAGGUCAGCACAGUGAGGCCAGGGCCAAGAGCAGCAUGGGCAGCAAAGCCCUGUCCCAUGACAGCAUCUUCAUGUUGGAUCCUGAGCCUGAAAUAUCAGCAAGUAGAAUCUGCCCCUCUCCAGAGCCCCAGAGAGGCAGACCUCUACAGAGAUCUCAAGUUUCCAGAACUCUGCCUAGAUCUGGGAGUAGUAAUGUGCAUGGAGCUGUUUCUGGACUUAUGUUUGGAGCUGUGCCCCAACAUGUGCCCAGAAGUGGAAUGUGGACUGGGGGCUCCAAGAUCACUGAGCUCCCCUCACUGCGCCCACGCCACUCCAGCAGCAGCCCCUCUCUUCUCCAGUCUGACACAAUCUCUGCUGACCUUGAAGAAAUCUCUGUGGACGAGGAGUCCCCACAGAAGAAAACUUUACCACUCAAGGUCGUGACACUGAAGAAGAGCUCCUUUGAGCCCUCACCUGGGCCCAUCCGCUCACAGUCCUUGGCCACUCUUGCCAUGAUUGCCUUUCCCGGCAGCACUCACCUGCCCAUGAGUUUCAACACCCCAGCCACCACCAAGGACUGUUUGGAUUCCUCAGCUGCUCGGCACAAGAUGGCUUUAAACCCCCGGAAACAAAAGAAGAAGAAAAACCCUCAAAUCACUGAGAAAGCAAAGCAAGAGGAGCCCACCCUUCUAGUGGUUUCUGGAGAAGAGAAGAGUACAACCAAACCAAAAGAAGCUGACAAAAAGAAGCUGAAAAAAGACAGUGCAGGUGUCUCAAGCCUGAAGCAGAGCAAGAGAACUGAAAUUUCUGAUAAGACAGCAGACCAGGCUGCAGGAGCGGACGCUGCGGGGAGUCAGAGCUCCCCAUUGUCAGCGGCGCACGGAAGACAUCUCCCCAAAAAAGGAUCAAGUGCUUCGGGAUCGAGUGAGUGUGCGCCCACAGGAAGAAGCCUUAAGCAGUCCAUUCGAGGGCUUGGCCUAGCUGAGAGGGCUGGGUCCCCGCCUGCCGAGAAGCCUGCCACAGAGUGUCUUCUCUGGAACCUGUCUCUGGAGCGCCGAGUCAGGGAGCCGCCCACCACUCCGCAGGCAGAACGCGCUGCCCCUCAGGAGCUGCUUCCAGAUCAAGAUGGCAAGGGAAAGAGAAAGGCUGGGGCAGAUGUGGACGCCGGAAAAGGCCCGGCGUCCCAGGCUGUACCCGAAGACACGGCACAGUCCGUGGUCGGUGGCCCGUCGCCGUGCCACGAAGAUGGGGCCUCCGGAGGCCAGCGGCCAGAAGCCAGAGCUGCUCGUUCAUCCGCGGCGGAAGGCCCUUCUCCAACCCCGGACGAUGUCCUCUUCUCAGGGGCCAUGGGGGCUCAAGUGUUCACGGAUCCUUCUCAGAUGCAGUCUGAAGGGGAAGAAGCUUUCAGCUUUGAUGUGCAAGCGAGCAACUUGAAAAUGGCGUCAGUGCAAGAUACCCCCGCUGUCUGCAGAGAGAAGUCUCCCGGAAACGUCCUCCCGGCCUUCGCCGCGAGCAUUUCAGGUCCGGCAAGUGCUUUGGCCAAGGGAGGCAGGUGUGCGGAGAGGCUGCCUUCCAGAGGCCUCGCCUGGGCGGCUGAAGAAGCGUCCUCGGAUCCAGAGGGUGCUUCCGAGGAGGAGAGCGGUUCGGGGCAGCAGCUGCUUCCCAGGCCUUCUUUCCAGUCCCUGGGGAAGCCUGCCGAUGAGCGACAAGUCUUCACCGAGUCGCAAAGCUCGGCCGCGCGAGCGAGCGGCCCUGAGCUGCAGCUGGCUGCGAGCUACUCUCCGCGGGCCUUCCGGAAGCCGGCGGCGGGAGCAGCGUCCUCGGAUCCCCCGAGUGCGUCGGCGGAGGAGAGCGGGGCGCAGCGGCUGCUGGCUCCCACACAUCCCUCCCAGGCCUUGGGGAAGCCUGACGGUGACCAAGAGGCCACAGGCUCAAAAAGUUCUGGGGGCUCGGGCAGUUCUGACGAGCGGCUGACGCCCACCUGUGCCGCGCAGGCCUUGCAGGGGCCCGAGGACAAAGGCCGCACAGACCCCCACGGUCACGUGGAGAAGAAGCACAACAGUGAGGGCGCCUGGACCAGCUCCGAGGAGGACGUGCCUCCCAGGCCCCCUUCCCAGGUCUCCGGGCAGCCCGCAGACCAACAGCACGGCGCCUCGGCUGCGAAGCACCUCCCCGAGGAGUGGGGGGUGUCCGUGGGGCGGCUCGCUCUGGCCUUUUCGAGGCCGAUUCUUCAGCAGCAAGCGUCCUCGGGGUCGGCGAGGCCCCCGGGCCCUCCCCGGAGCAGCCCCGCGGAGCCGGCGCCCGCCCGGCAGCCCGUCCAGUCCUGGCAGAGCCCUCAGGCCGAGCAGCAGGGCCCCGCGGGCCCCGCGGGCCCCGCCGUGCGGUGGGCCAUUGCUCUGGAGCCGCCGCCGCCGCCCAGAAUCUCGUCUAAGCGCCUGCUGAGGCCUCGGCCUGAGCAAGCCGUCUGCAAAGGUCCAGAAAUGGCUGCCGCCGUCGGGGUGACUUCCGUGGACCUGCUGCUGCUGCUGCCGCCGCUGCCGCCGCCGCCCCCGAGACCGCAUUCUCGGCCGCCGCUGGACCCCAUCGCCGAGCAGGCGACCCGGGAGGACCCCGAGUCCCCGGCUGUGGAGGGGAGCAUUUCGGUGGAGCUGCCGCCGCCCCACCAGGCGGUCGUGAGACCCGUCAUUGAGCAGCAAGGGUGCCUGGGUGCCGAAGGCGCUGUGGUCGAAAAGAACGUCCCUGGGCAGCCGCCGCCGCUGCCGGGAUAUCAUGCUCAGCUCCCGACGCGCCCUCUGGUCCCACCACCGGCCUCUGCCAGUCCCGAAAGCCCGGCAGCUUCUGCGGAGCCGCUGCCUCUCAAAGUGCUUGCCCAGGCCUCGAUGAAGCCCGGAGUGGAACCGAAUGUGUCCUCGGGUCCGGAGGGCGCCGCCGCGGAGAAGGUCAUUUCAGCGGAGCUGCCGCUCCCCCCAGAUUCUGCUGCGUCCUUGACAAAUCCUAAGGCCCCGCAAGCAUCCGAGACGGCUGUCGGGGAGGGCCCGUCCGUGGAGCCACCGCCCAGAGGCCCCUCCCAGCCCUCGGUGAGGCCGAAAGUCCAGCCGCAGCCCCGCCCGCUGGCCGCGGUGGGCGCUUCGGCUGCCACCGCCCUGGGUCCCGCCCUGGGUCCCGCCCUCGGCCCCGCCCUCGGCCCCGCCCUGGCGCCGGGCCCGGCGUCCCCCAGAAGCGUCUACGAGUCCUGGCUGAGCUCCUCAGGCGAGCGCGAGGGCUCUGUGAGUGCCCAGAGCGCUGCUCUGGAGUGGGGCAUUUCUCUGGAGCCGCUGCCCCCGCCGCCCCCGCCGCCCCCGCCGCCUCCGCUGCCCCCGCUGCCUCCCAGAAAGCCUUCUCAGAACCCGAGGAGGCAGGGAGGGGAGCGAGCAGCCUCCCGGCGGUCGGCGAGCGCUCCUCCAGGAUGGGACGCUCCUCCGGCCCCGGGCGCUCCCGCCGCCGCCGCCGCCGCCGCCGCGCCGAAGCCUCCCAGAUGCGCUUUCCAGUCCCGGGGGAACACAAAAGCCAAGCAGCCCGUCUCCGAGGCUCUAGAGGGCGCCGAGGCCCUGAGGAUCAUGACUAUGGAGCAGCGGCACUCUCUCCGAAGGUCUUCUCAGGCCCUGAGCGCAGCAGUGGUCAAGCCCCCGGCCUCCGCAGCUCCAGAAAGGGCUGCCACCCAGGGGGGUGCUUCUGCAGAGCCGCUGCCUUCCAGGCAGCCUUCCCAGUCCCCUGGGAGAUGCAAAGGGCAGCAAGUGUCGUCCAGCUGUGAGAGCGCUCCUGCCGAGGUGGCCGUGUCUGGGAAGCCAGUGCCUUCCACGUAUCCUACCCAGGUCUCAUCCAGGUCCAAGGUUCAGGAGAUGUCCUCCCGUCUAGAGAAUACCGCUGCCAAAGGAGGCUCGGCUAAGAAACCGCCGGUGCCCAGGCAUCCUUCCCAGUCGUUUGUGAAGUUUAUGGCAGAACAAGUCUUUUCCGAGAGCCCUGCCGGUCCUCCAUCUGCGAAUCAACUUUCCAAAGCUCCGUUGAGGUCUAAAGUCCAGUACCCAGCUUUCUCGGGCCCAAAGGAUGCCAGUACCGAGGGAGGCAUCUCGUCGAAGCUGCUGCCGACAGCACGCCCUUUACAGCCCCCGGGGGGCCCUGAAGGCCCCAGAGCAGUUCUCCCACAUUCAGAGAGUGCCCCCGCGAAGCCCAAGCGGAGCAGUUCCAAGGAGCCGCUGCCCCCGGGACAGCUGUCCUGGGCACCGGCGAGCUUCACGAAGCUCGCGUCCGGGCAAGUCUCCUCCCUGCUCUCUCAGGGCUCUCCUGAAAUACAGAAGCGCUCUGAAGAAUGGCUGCCUUCCAGAGGCCUUCCCCAGGCCAAGGAGGGGGCCGAAUUGCAGCCCCAGCUUUUCUCCCCAGGCCCCGCCAGUGCCCCUGCAGGUUGGAGCAGGUCUGAGGAGUGCUGGCCUCCGCAGCCUGGACACACUCCCCAGGCACCGGCCGAGCCCGAAUGUCCGCCCCAGGUCCGGCCGGGUUCCGUGAGGGCUGCCGCUGAGGGCCCCCUCUCUGAGAGCCGCCCCACCAGCCGGGCCCCACUAAGAGGCCCGGCUUCUCUAAGCAAGACCAAGAAACAUCGCCAAGGCCCUGAAGACCUCAUUAAGAAUAGCCUGCCUCCCGCUACCAAACCCAUGAAGCUCAGCAUGGCUCCUACCAGGCAGGCAUCCACUGCUGGGGGCACUUACUCCAAGGGGGAAGGUCUCGAGAGUGGCCAUCAAAGUAACAUCCAUGCAGACGAAUCCACCAGUGGGUCUGGUGUUGAAACCCUUUUUGGAGUUCGCCUGAGAAAAGUCCCUUCCUUGAAGAAGCACAAGAGUGAGAAACAAGAUGACCUUACCGAGCUUUCUUCGCUCUCCUUGGGCCCGGUUUCAUCUUCCACAUGUAAAGAACAUCGAAUCAGAAGAAGCUUUUCCCAGGGGCUCCUGGGCAGCGCAGAGAACCCCGGCACAGCAUCUGACGUGGCGGAGAAGCAACGGAGCAGGCCCAAAUCCGAAAGCAUGGCCAAGAAGCAACCUGUUUACAAGGUCCCAGGAAAGGCUCUUGGUCGACAGUCAGAUUACGCCGCCUCAGAGCCAGCUUGGAUAACCAUGGUAAAGCAGAGGCAGACGAGCUCCCAGGCCCACAUUCCUAAGAAAGAGGCAAAAACCAAGAACAAAGCUGGAGCCAAGCCUGAGGCCAAAGAGCCUAGACGACUUAACAAGCUUUUUGUUUUCAUUUUUGUAUUAAAGGGAGCAGGCCUUGCAAGUGAAAACCAACCCAGAAAGACUUUUACUUCCGAUGUCAAUAAACCAGAGAAGAUGGCACAGAAGAAGCUACCUAAGUCUACCAAAGCAGUUGGAUUUGAAGAUCGGAAGACAGCUCAAGUGCCCACCGUGGCCAAAGAAACCAGGCAGUCUUCAACUGUCCCAGCUGUGCUCCAUGAGCCGGCAGAACUGGAAGAGCCGGUUUGGUUCUCCCUGGCCAAGAAGAAAGCCAAAGCUUGGAGCCAUAUAGCCGAAAUCAUGCAAUAAAUAGCUCCUGGGUGGGGCAUCAGCAUUGCAAAUG